CGGCGGCCAUUUUCAGUAUGAAUGGUGAAGUUUGAAGUCACGUUUUUUUUCUUGCCACUGCGAGCCUUAGAUUUCACUACAGAUCUUCCUCAUGUGGACAUAAACAACGAAAAUUGCAUACAGAAGUGAGAAAAGAUGGACGGCGGCGAUUCACUCUACAGCGACCUGAACAGAUCCCUGGAUUCAGCUUCAAGUGAACUUGAUGCACUCCGGCUGAAUUCAAGGGAGGCAACUCUGUCAGAUAGAGGUCUGGCUAGGUCUCAAAAACUUGAAGAUGCAAUCCUUUCUGAAAUCAAAAAGACGGUUGCCUUAGGAUCAAAUACUCUAGAUCUUAGUAACAAAGGUCUGCUUCAAAUUCCAGAUGAAAUCCUGAAGAUGCCAACUCUGGAGUACCUGUAUUUAGAAGGAAAUGAACUAUCAUUUUUACCUGACGAAUUCUUUGACUGUCUUCCAAAUUUAAAAUGGCUGGAUUUACGUCGAAAUAGCUUGUCCCGAAUACCUAGUGUAUAUUUAGGUCGUCAUAGAAACCUACGAAAUUUGUUGUUAGAGGAAAAUAAUAUAAAGAGUUUACCAUUGGAAUUAGGUCUGGUAAAAUCUGUCUCUGGUUUGAACAUUAACAACAAUCCACUGGAAUUCCCUCCUGUGGAUGUGUUGGAGAAGGGAACUCAGGAAAUAUUAAAGUUUCUAUAUGAGAUGCUUCAAGCUAAAUUAGCCUCAAAAUCUGGAGAUUUUGAUGAAGAUAUUCCUACAUAUGACGAGUUUGAUUCGGAUCAGAGUGAUGAAGAAUGGUUGGAUGAUUAUCGGCAAGGUCAUUUACAGAGUCGUGAAUCUAAUUUGAGAGGGGCUAGACAAUCAGGGUUAGGAGGACCUGUCCCACAGUCGGCUGAGCUACAUCAUCAGAUUAGUUACUCUGAUAGAAAACUUCUUCAUACUGAAAAACUGAAACAAGCAGGUGCCCUAGGAAUCGUUGAUGGUUCAUUUUUACGAAGAAAAUUAUUGAGUCAACAGCAAAGAAAGGCAAAAUUUGUCAAACAGCAAUCAGCAUCUGCAACUUCCAACAGAAGCAAGAAGAAAUCUGCGAAAGAAUCUAAGAUGAACUGGAGAGUAAACCAGUAUCCAGCGCCACCUUCUCAUGAUUUCGUAGAUAUCAAGAUGGCUGAAGAAAGGAAAAUGGCAAAAGUGAAAGAAUUAAAAGAGAGACAGGAUGCCAUUUUACAGAGACGCAGAGAUGAACAAGCUUUAAAAGACUGGAGAGACGAUUCUAAAAAACUACAACAUAAAAAAUAUUUACAGGCCGUACAAAAUGGUGGUCUUGAAUAUGAUGAGCCAGCCAAGAAAGCACCAUUUGCCGUGGAAAAAAAUCACAUGAAAGUUUUAUCAAAAGAAGAACAGAUCAAGUCGGAAGUGAAGGAAGCCCAUGAGAAGAUAAGACGCCCAAUGUCACCAGGAACCAAGCAGAGAAUAGAAGCAGAGAAGACUGCUAGAAUUCGUGAAUUAGAGAAAAGAAUAAAAGAACAUUCCAAUAACAUGUUAGAACGCAGAAAACAACCGAAAGGUACGCCUCAACAUGAGAUGGAGGCAGCUAAAAAAGAAUUGGAUGUUGUGUAUAUAGAGCUUCACAAGGACAAUUUAUCAGUUUCAACAGCUGAGAUCUUACAGAGAGAAUUAAAAGUUCAGCGAACAGAAUUGGAAUAUAGGUUUAAAGCCUUUACAGGAGACAUUACUUCUGGUUACACUAAAACAACCAAACUGAAGUCUUAAUUUGAUUGAGACUACAGACUUAUACCUUAAUUUGAUUGAGACUACAGACUUAAACCAUAAUUUGUUCAAGGCUACAGACUUAAACCUUAAUUUGAUUGAGACUACAGACUUAAACCUUAAUUUGAUUCAAGGCUACAGACUUAAACCUUAAUUUGAUUGAGACUACAGACUUAAACCUUAAUUUUUUCAAGGCUACAGACUUAAACCUUAAUUUGAUUGAGACUACAGAUUAAAGCCUUAAUUGGUUACUUAAACUUUUAACUUGUUGGAAAUAUAUUUUUUGGUAUGCAAGACGACUCAAGAUUGCAGACCCUGUGUACAAGUUACGAAUCAGUAUUCUAAAUAGUUGUUAAUAUUUCUUUUGUUAAUUUUAUUUAUUUCAUUUCAAAAUAUAUAAUUAUCAAAUACUUCC